AUGAAUAGGACAAGUCGUGCGUUUAUACCAUUACAUUCUUAUACGUAUACAAUGAUGAUUGGUUUAAUAUGUAUUGGAAUAUGUUUUAUUUGUUUAUUAUGUUUCAUCAUAAGUCGAAUAAUUUAUGAACGUGAAAAACGUGAACGACAAAUAACCAAUCUUCAUCGUUUUAUGAUUAAUUUACCUGAAAUAGAUCUGAAGAAAUAUCAAGGAAAUAUUUUAAAAGACAAACAUUUACCAUUAGAUUAUGGACAAAUGAUGGCGAUGCUUGGAAAAAGUUUAAAAGAUAUGGAUGAUUUUAAAAAACAAUUACAAAUUUUACCAAUAACAAUCGCACAAAAAUUAGGAAAUUUUAAUACAAAAAAUAAUCAAAUUGAACAUUUACAACGUGCACUUGUUGAAAAUCAAUUUCAUUUUUGA